AUGAAGAGGCUACGGCACAUUGAUAUUGGUUAUCCUGGCAGUGUGCAUGAUGCACGAAUUUUUAAUAAUUGUUUGAUCGCCACCAAUCCAACUACAUACAUAUCAGAACCACAAUGGAUUGCUGCAGUUUCUGCAUACAAAUUGUCGAGCACAGUCAUAACACCAUUCAGGAAAAAUUCAAAACAGUUAACAGCAAAAUCCAGGCGAGACUUCAACAGAUAUUUUAGUACGUACCGAGUCCGUAUUGAACAUGUGUUUGGGAUUAUGAAAGAGAAAUUCCCUAGUUUGAAAAGUUUGAGCAUUCGCAUCACUGAUGCUCGAUCUCACGAGCUCGCGUGUACAUGGAUUAGAGUGUGCUGCAUUUUGCACAAUGUAUUGCUACCGCACUACGACGACGAAGACCUCGAAUUUAUUAACAGUACCUUUCAACCGAGCAGUGAAGAUUCUGAUGCCGAGGGAAAUGAUGACGAUGUAAGCUGA